UCCAUGGAUUGCUUGGCAACUCUGGUGACCGUUUUGAAAAAUUUCCUUUUCCGUUCUGAAUUCCUAGGGAGCAGACGGCUCUUACUUUUAGCCAAAUCUUCGGCACCUGCCACUGUGUAGUCAGGAGAUACCAACACUUCAGACCGUUUGUUUUUCUUUCAGUUUAAAAACCCAACUUCCAGGCAGGAUCAUGAACAUCCCCAUCUACCAAGUGCCCUCGGUGACCAUGCAGUCGCUGCACCAACAAUCCUUGUACCAGCAAACCUAUUUGGAUCGCAAUCGCAUGGUCACCGAUGUAUUUGUGCAUGAACACGUCUCGCAGAGCUCUUGGUCAAUGGGCUCGGCCGGCCCAUCGGCUGUUUUUAUACCGGGUACGGCCAAUUGCCCCAUUGUGCCCGGAGGUAUCCAUGGACAGUGCCAUCAUAGCGCCACAGUUCAGACCGUGAAUCCCCAUUAUGCGGCCUAUAUGCCCUUGCCGGGUAUGCAGUACUAUGCGGCCAGCUCUGCCUCGAUGAACGCCUAUGGCCCUAAUCAGGUGUACUCCGCCCGUGCUUCGGCCUCUGCCGGUCUCUAUUUGCCACAGUACCAUGCAAACUGCAGUCAUGCACCGCCGAAAAAGCAGUUCUGUACCGCUUACACCCAGACCCAGGAGCCCGUUAUGACCAGCUGCGAUGUGGCCACGCAGGUGGAUCUCGGCCUUGUAGGAAUGCGCUCGGAAGCUAAGAAGCCAGGACCAGUGCCUUUUUCAGACAGUGUUGUUCCUGAAGAAUCGAGCGUCAGUUCUUUGGAAAGCGGUGCAGGCGAUGGUUUGCGAGUCCAAAACUUGGUGCGCAACUCGGAGGUGAUGUUGCUGGAACAGCGCCUCCACGACAUUACUAGGGUCUCACUGCAGGGCAGUGAGAUAGCCGAACGUCUGGCCAAUGCCCAUCGCAAUCGCCCGUGCUUCAAGAAGAUCGAUACCCUGUGUGCCCGCUUAAAGCAGGAUCUGCUGCGUCCGGAUGGCGUGCUGCCCAACAUCAACUCACAGGGCAUUGCUUGGGCCGUUAAGGAUUUCAUAUUCGUCUUUACUCGCAUUGUGAAUGCCUGGGUCAUACUGAAGGGCUAUGUCUACAACACCCCCGAUGCUUUGAACAAGAUUAAAGAUGAGCUGCCGGCGGGUUUUAUGGCUUCCUUUGAUUCCUGGCAGGUUUCGACCCUAUCCCUCGUGCAGAUGAUCAUUAAAUCCUUUGUAAGUCUGGACGAACUGCUGCAGAAGCAGAAAAACAGCUUUUCUGGAAAGGAUGGUGCUUUCACAAACCUAAACAAUAGCAGCUCUGUUAGAAGUUUCAUAGAUAGCAACGAUAGCAGCAGCUUGGGACAGAAACACCAGGGGAUGACUACUGGACAAGGACCCAGUGCCUUUAGUACACCGCAGAAUCAAAUACGAAAUGCAGUUGCAGAAGGUCAAGAUCCCACUCCAUCGUCCCUUUACAAACCAAAAUGUGCGUUAAAUCUGAACUAUUUGUACACCAUGAUUGAGGAUUCGGAGGAAACCCAACGCAAUGUGGAUGCGAAUGGUACUUACCUGAAAACUGGAACCUAUCAACCAUUGCAAAAGGAGUCGAAGCAACUGGAGACGCCGCCCUCAAAGCCAAAUGAUCAAUACGUGGAGUGGAAUGCUUCACAGCAGGCUUUGCCAGCUCAAGAGAUUCCUAAGGCACCAACUCCGAAAGCAUCUCCGAUGCCGGAGCGGGCGCAAGAUGUAAGGGCGUUCACAAAUCCAUUUAGCCUGAUUGGCAAAGAGGUUACCAGGCAGCUGUACGAGUUCAGUGACCGCGUCAUGGAGCUCAAUCACUUGGAGCGCUUCUUUAAAAAGCAGUUCACUCGUAACUAUUACCCAGACUUCUUCCAACAAUGCCAGGAUGAAUAUAUAGAUGUGCGAGCAAUUAUUGUGCAGUGCGAGAAUGCCUCGUACCAUCAUAUAUACCAAGCUAUUCACGAUCUGCGCAGGAUCAUCUUUACGGUGCGCUGUUACCUGAAGAUGUACUCUGACGAGAACCUCCUUUACUACAUUGAUCUCUACGAGCGCUCUGUGAAUGACAUGCUGUCCAAGCCACCACAUCUGCCCAAUCAGUAUGAUCACAUUAUGGGCAGGCCAGGCGAAAAGCUAUUCAACUACGAAAUCUAAGUGAGAAAGUAUUAACAAUGUAGUCAACGGAAAGUUAACCGAUUCAUGCGGCUUAUUUAGCAUUAAUACGCGUAACUAAGUAGAUUCAUUUCGAAAUCAAUUAAGCAAACCACAGUGCCUUAAACCAAAUUUUAAAAAAUCCAUGAUUUAAUAAUUUAAAUGACUAGAGAAGUCCUAAAUCCGAUUCAUCAAUUCACCCUACCUACUGUUUUACGGUCGCAUCAAUUAUUCAGUAUGUAAUUAAUACAAGUCUU